AUGAAGCUCAUCCUCUCCACCUCAAACAUAAUGUCGGGCGGCCCGUCCGUAAUACGGCGGCAUACUUUCGAGAAAUCAAACACAGAACUCACGUCCUCCCUCCGUGCAAACUUCACCGCGCACCGGUCCUCCCCUCCCACACCCACUACCAACGGCGACACCGCCGCGACACGCCCACAACCGCCGUUCAAAUCAUGGACAACACAACAAGAAAACACUCUCUGGAUACCCACCCACACGCCCUCACCGCUCUCAGAACCCCGCGAAUCCUACGACAUAACCGUCAAGCUCUUUUACCUCCCCAACGUCCCCGCCGACACCCGCUGCGUCCAAACGCGCGAAGCCAUCGACCUCGUCCUCAAAGAACUCGGCACCUCCUCCAUCGACCUCCUCAUCGUCUCGUUCCCGGGCAUAUCCUUCGAUGCCGACGACGACGAAGAAUCUGACCUUGACGACCCGCCGUCAGCACCCAACUCCCUUGCCGACGACGGCGACGCAGACGGCGCGCCAGAAGACAUGGACACCAUCGUUACCACCUGGCACACGCUUGAGAAGCUGCACGAAGAAGGCCUCGUCAGCAAGCUUGGCAUCUCCGAGUUCGGCUGCUCCCGCCUGGAGAAGUUCCUCCCUCGGACCACCGUCAAGCCCAGCGUGGAUCAGAUCAACGUGCGCGACUGCUGCGUUGUGCCUAAGCCGCUAAUCCUGUACGCGAAACAGCAGAAGAUCGAGCUGCUGACGCACAACGACUGCACGAAUGUGUUGCCGAGGGGCACGCUGCGAGAUAUCCUGGGGUCCGGGGAGAAGGGCAUGGGUGUGUUGGCUAGGGAGAAGGACGAGGGCGAAAGAUUACAAGGGGAGGUGCAGCCCCAGUGGGUGGUCAAGUACACGGCUGUGGUCAAGGAUCGAGGGGUCGUGGAAAGUAAAGGGUAUUUCGCGGUUGCGGAAUUGAGGGAGUAG